UAAUGCUUGAGUUGUGCAACAGCACAAAAGGAGUGUGUUUAACAGGUCCACCAGGAUUACCAGGUCCCCCUGGAAUUGAUGGAUUGCCAGGUUUGAACGGAUCUGAUGGUGUUCCUGGUAUUCCUGGACAAAGGGGUGAACCAGGAAAAAGAGGGAAGACAGGACCUAAGGGUGACCCUGGAGAGAAAGGUGAAAAAGGGGAUCCUGGUGAAAUUGGCUUACCUGGAAAAGAGGGGGGACGAGGUGAAAAGGGCUCCAGAGGGCCCAAGGGUGACAAAGGAGAGACCAAUAAUGAACUGGUUUCAGAAGGUAAGAAAGGUGAACCUGGUCCUCCAGGACCUCCAGGUCCCCCAGGGCCUCAGGGACCUCCAGGUCCCCCAGGAAUUCCAGGGAAGCGCAAAGCCAAGUCCCAGAAUGAGGAGAAGAUCUACAACACCGAAUGCAUAGGGGAAGCAUGUAGUAUUCCAAAUGAUGAUACUCUGGUGGGGAAAGCAAAAGAAAAAGGCCAUCUCUAUCAGCGCAGAAAACCCGACAACAUGAUUGACUCUAUUGGAGGCCCUGAGGAGAUCAUCAAACUGAGGCAGAGUUACGGAGCGUGGAUGAUGGAUCUCGGAAACCGCAGCGACGAGAAGAUUUGGAUCGCGGAGCAUUUUACGG